CUUUGGGAGUGGAUAGGACAUACAUUACAGAAAUCACCAAACUACAUCGAGAGGCAAGCCAUAACUUGGAAUCCUGAAUGGAAACAGAAAGGGGGAAGACUAAAGAACACGCUGUGUCGAGAUAUGGAAAGGAUGAAUAGCAACUAGAAAGAACUGGAAUGGAUUGCUCAGGACAGAGUUGUACGGAGAGUGCUGGUGAGCGGUCUAUGCUCCUUCACGAGGAGUAUCAGGCGUAAGUAAAUAUAAAUUAUGAAAAUAAUUAAAAGAAAACAUGUACGGAAAUGAUACUUGAAGAACUACUACAACCUGUAUCAAGAAGAUAUAAGUAUUUAUAAAUAGUUUCCUAAGCAAGUUACUCAAUAUGCGUUGGCAGAAUACCAUCAGGAACAACCUACUGUUGGAGAGAAGAAACCAGCUUCCAGCUGAAGAGGAAAUUAGGAAAAGAUUAUGGAAAUGGAUAGGACAUACAUUGAAGAAAUCAUCAAACUGCAUCACGAUAAAAGCCCUAACUUGGGAUUUUGAAGGGAAUCGGAAAAGAGAAAGACCAAAGAACACACUGUGUCGAGAAUUGGAAGCAGACAUGGAAAGGAUGAAUAAUAACUGGAAAGAAUUGGCAAGGAUUGCACUGGAUAGUGUUGGAUGGAGAUUGCCGAUGGUCGACCUAUGCUCCUUCAUGAGGAGUAACAGGCGUAAGUAAGUAAAAAGAAAACAACUUGAAGCUGACAGUGUAUAUACAUAAACAAGAAUAAAUAUUUUCACAUAGUAUUUUCGCAAUUAAGAUAUUAACGUACAAUGUUUAUUAAUUAUGAAUCAGUUGAUAUACAAGUAUAAUUUAUUGAAAAAAUUCGAUGAAAGACAUUGUUGAUCAUAAACCAGCGAAGAGAUAAUGUUAACAGACGAAUAGGCAUAAGCUGUUUUGAUUGAGAUCAUGAAUCGAUUAAUAUUAAACCACCAUUGAGAACCUGGAAGCACUGGAUGGCUGUUUUGUCCUAGUAUGGGUCUCUUCAGCAGUGCGCACCUACGAUCCUGCUCGCGGAGUUAACACCGUUAGAUACACGUUUAAAUAAGCAUUCUCGCACGAAACCAAAAGUCCUGGGAUUGAAUCUCGAAUGCGGGACCAUAGAUGUGUACUGCGGAAGAGUCUCAUACUAAAACGAAACAGUCGUUCAGUGCUUCUAGGUUUUCAGUGGUGGUCUAACAUUGAUCAAUUCAUGAUCUCAAUCAAAACUCAACAAUCUCCACAACCCUAUACUGAUAAGUUAGCUGUUUUGUUAAAUUUUGAACCUCUUAACAACCUCUUAAUAACUUACCAUGAGCACCACCAAUAUAAAAUAUUUUAAAGCAUAGCUACUAAGUCAGAAACUAGUAGGAAAUAGAUGAUCUUUAAGACGAUAAGAGUUUUUAAUAAACACUAUUAACGAAGUGUAGAACAUUUUAUUGACAGAAACUAAAUGAACGUGGAGUGAAAACAGUCAGAACUGGAACAAUAUUAUUAUUCAUUUGAACGCCUUUUAUAUGUUCAGUAAUAAAGAAUAAACAGAAAUUCUUCACCUACCAUUCAUUUGGGCUGAAUGUCUAGUAUUUAUUAAGCUUAAAAUACACCAUUGACAAUAGAUUCAAACGCUUUAUAUUCACAAAUAUAAGAAGAUACAAAGUCAAGUUUGUACAGUUUUAUCGCAGUUCAUUUAUCACUAAGCAUUAGCCAACGUCAUGUUUACCUAGUCCUUUGAUGUCAAUGGAGUUCUACCGUUCAAUUUUCAAUGUAGCCACUAGUCUAACUGACUCAACUUCCUAUUGAUUAUGUCGAGUGGUCAGGCAGCUGGGGAUAAUCAGCAGGAUCUUGGACCCAGGUUUCUAGUUAGCUGACAACAGUCAGUGAAGUCCAGGGUUUUCUACCAAUAACCUAUGACAAUCUAACAUUCUUAUCCAUUUUCGAAUAUUAUAGGGAAUUAAUGACCAUAAGGAUAUCAAAAUAUUAUAAAAGGUGCUUUUCUUAUAAUUUUUGUGCUGAAUGUUAAAAAUUAAAACUAAGUGUUGAUGUCAUUAUAUACCAUUCCUUUUAACUAUACAAGGUGCAGUUAACCCAAUUUGCUUGCUAGAUUUUCUAUACAUACCAAACUUUUGAUGGGUAUAUCUGUGCAUGUUGCAAACCAAACAGAUUAUUCCUAGAAGUUAAAAGGACAAAUUUUUUGUUAGUUCAUUUUUCCUUUUUUAUAUAUUAUGCAACGUAUCAACUGCUUUGAUCUCACUUGGCAUUGUUUGGCUUGUAUCUUCCUAUUAAGGUUUAAAACUGCAAUUGAUCAGUCUGUUAUUGGCAUAUGUGCAUACUGUGCGUAUGCCUCGAUAUUGCCUUAAUUCAUCAUUGCUUACAAAAAUUACUUUUAUUGUUAUUAUUCCUCGUUCUUCCAAUACUCAAUGUCAGUUUAUAAUCAAUAUGUCAUUAUAUAAUUAUUACAUAAGGUAUAUAGUAUCAGAAGGGGUUUGGUGGAGAUUUUAGGAAUUUCAAUAGUUGAGAUCAUGAGUUAAUUGAAGCUAGGCCACCAUAGAAAACCCGAAAGCACUGGAUGAACAUUUCUUCCUAUUGUGAGACUCCUCAGCAGUGCGCUCGCGUGCGAGACUGCUAGGUCUUGUGUUCGAAUCCCCGAAGUGGGAUCAUGGAUGCGCACUGCUGAGGAUCCACGUACUAGGACAAAAGGUCUGUCCAAUGCUUCCAGGUUUUUCCUGGCUGUGUAGCUUCAAUCGACUCAUGAUCUCAAUUAUUGAAACAACAUAUUCAUUUCUCUCGAUCCAUUCCUUCCUUAUUUACCAAAUAUUAAGAUGAGAAUUUUGAUUAAAUUCUUUUUUAGACUUAACAUUAAAACAGUAUAUGUAUGCAGAACACAUAUUGAAACAAACAACAAACUAAUUUGAAUGGAAUACAUGUACCAAUAAAAUAGAUCAAAUGUUAAAUCUAUCAUAUUUUAUCAUAAAUCCUCAAAAUGUUUACAUCUUAUUCAGUAUUAAUCAACUGUUAUUUGCCUACAUUAUCAUUCAAACAAUAAUCAGCCUUUGAUUUAAAAUGAAAACCAUCAAAUACAUCUAUAAAUUAAAGAUGAUUGUUAGAUAAAUAAGAUUUGCAUUAAUUCAUUAGGCCAUAGAACAAAACUAAUGGAAAUUAAUUUAUCCACUAUAUCAGAAGAGGUUUUGUGAAUAUUACAGCAAUUUUAAUAGUUGUGAUCAUGAGUCAAUUGAAGCUAGAUCACCAUGGAAAACCUAGAAGCACUGGACGACCGUUUCGUCCUAUUGUUGGACUCCUCAACAGUGCACAUCCACGAAUUCGUCUUACGAGAUUCGAACCAUUAUAUACUUUAAAGAGUAAAUUGAAUUACCUAGACAAUAUAAAAAUUUAAAUUAAUCAGCCAAAUAUAUAUAUCUAUAUAUUUCACAUAAGCCUAUCAUAUUGACAGACCAUAUCAAGUAUACUUUCAGUUAAACUUGUUGUAACUUGUAUACAUAUACAUUUAUUAUAUUCAACUUUUAUUGAUAAUACAUCCAGAAUAAUUUAC